AUGCCAGGAGGCGAAUCAACCGCAACAGAAAACAUACCGGCUGGGGACUUUGACCUGCUCCUCUUCCGGCGACGGCGCUUCCGUACUGCCAAAGCUUGUUAUCCAUGCCGCCGACGAAAAGUCAAGUGUGACCUUAAUCAGCCAUGCGGGACGUGCAUCAGUCGGGAGCAUCCCGAUUUGUGUGACUACACAACCAAUACCUUUGCUGGAGCGGAGUCGUCUACCUCCGAGCAGAGCCCGAGUGCUCGAGAGCAGCCUGAAGCUGCUCAUGUGAAUGAUGCUGCUUCGGAAAUAGCUCAGGGGUUUACCACGUUUCCUUUUACCAACCUAUGGAUGCCCAGCGAUGGCAUAGAAAAGGUGUAUAGUGCAUUGCCUGAAGACGAUGUUAUUCUAAAAUUAUUUCGAGAAUCUCUUUUCCAUCUCGAGCCUUCGAUUGUAAACGUUCGAAAUUUUGAAACUAUGCUCCUGGAGUUCCUCCGUAAGCGAAGAACCGUUCCAUCAAAUACGUACCCAGAACCUCUAUCCGAAAGUACAAUCUCGUGGUUUGGCCUUUUGUUCGGUAUAUUGUCAUGCGGUGCCCAACUUGCUGCAGUCGAGGGGGUAGAAGGAGCGCUGGAUACUACCAAAGCGUGGGUUUUCGCGUGCUGCUCCUUCCAGUGCUUGCGAUUUUGCAACUUUACCUCUUAUCCUAAUAUCGAGGUUGUCCAAGCCCUAAUCAUGCUGGUCAAUUAUUUGAGAAACCAGGGAGAUGCAGGGGCUUCGUGGUCGAUGUUGGGCUUAGCCAUACGUCUUGCCCAAACUCUUGGAAUUCAUUGCACUCCAGACCCAAACUCUAUCAGCAAUGCAAAGAAAAGAGAAGAGGCCAUUAUCAAAUCAUCCAUAUGGCGAUCUUUAAUCUGGCAGGACACUCUCGCCUCCCUCUGCUACGAUCGACCAUCCGGAAUUACUGUCCUAGAAUCGAUUCCAUCGACGACUGCAUCGCCCAGAUUCUAUUCAUUCUUUGAUAGCUGCCAUCAUUUAUUUGUGACAGCAAACAAGAUUGGUCAUUCUCUUACCCAGGCGAAAUUCUCUGGGCAACGACUGUCCAACGAAUCGAUUCUCGAUUUCAGAAAAGUUGUCAACAUCAUCGAAACUCGAUCGGUGCCACAUCUACAAGAUUUAUCUAAAUGCCAAUCCAAAAAUGAUUACGUUCAGCAUUACAUUUUCAGACUCUUCACAGAUUCUGUCAUGGUGUGUCUGUAUAGGCCAACCAUGACGGGCGACGAGACACAAGAUGACGACAUCACGGAUUAUUAUCUGAAUCGAUGCCGUUCGGCACUACAAACAUACAUGGAACUUCUUAGUUUGAACGCUCCUUUCCAGAGACUCUGGUUUUUCGUUCACAUCACAUUCAGUUGUGCUCUGAUCCUCGGCCAAGCUGCUUACACGCGCAAUGUUCCUUCCGAUAAGGCAUUUUUGAAGCGCUUUUUCAACAGCCUCUCUCAAAGUCGUACAUUUGUUAGCGUUCCAGUUUAUGAAAACGCCUGGAGGCUGCUUCAUGAGUUUUUGAUGGGGAAUGAUAAUAGCAUGGAGGAAUAG